AUGAGAUUGACCAGUCUGGCUGCCCUGGGACUUGUGGGUUGCGCACUUGCCCUGCCAGGCCGACACAAUGGUCCCAACCGCCAGCGGCAGAGAGACAUUCCCACGAUGACCAUCGAUCUCACCGAGCCUGGCAGCGCACCCAGUCUGACACCAAGACCGACCCCAACCUGGACUCCUCAACCUAGUCGUCGACCAAUUCCAACAACUAGCCCCGGGGAUGACUCGGGUGAUGGUGGCUCCGACGACGUGCCAGAUUCCAUCAGACAAGCCCAACAGCAGCUCUACGAUGACAUGGAGAAGGGCGCAUCCCAGGAGGAGCUCCAGAAGGAUGUCGACAAUAUUUGGUCGGCGGAAGUGGCAGCAUAUGAGUCUUGGCUUGCGACGCAGACGUCCAUCUCCGUUCCUUCAGGCGACCCGAGUGCGUCAGCUUUCCCUUCAGGCGAUCCCGGUAUAUCAGCCCGGCCAACUCCGUCGAGACAUCCCAGACCGUCUGGGGGAUGGCACUCCCCUGGUGGACAGGGAGGAGCAAGAAUGUCCACUUUUGCAACUGCGUCGUCUUCAUCGGCUUUCUCUGUGCCUUCCUCUGAGGCCGGGGACGGCUAA